AUGUGUGAUGCAUGUCAACGAACCAGCAAUAUUUCCGCUAAAGAUGAGAUGCCUCAAAACCCCAUUCAAGGAGUGGAGGUUUUUGACGUUUGGGGCAUUGAUUUCAUGGGACCCUUCCCAAACUCCAAGGGAAACCGUUAUAUACUCGUGGUGAUUGACUAUGUGUCUAAAUGGGUUGAGGCUCAAGCUCUUCCCACAAACGAAGCCCGAGUAGUCUUGAAAUUUCUUAAGAAGCUCUUCUCCCAAUUCAGUACACCGAAAGCCUUAAUUAGUGACCGUUGCACUCACUUUUGCAAUGCAUUGAUGGAAAAGUUGCUUGCACGCUACAGUGUCACUCAUCGUUUGUCUACCGCAUAUCAUCCACAAACAAGUGGACAAGUGGAGAAUGCGAAUCGCGGUAUUAAACGAAUCUUAGAGAAAACAGUGGGUAAAAAUAGGAAAGAUUGGUCCGACAAGCUAGACGAUGCAUUGUGGGCGUUUAGAACCGCCUACAAGAUGCCCUUAGGAACCACACCUUUCAUGAUCGUCUAUGGAAAAGCUUGUCACCUUCCCGUAGAGUUAGAGCAUAGAGCGCUUUGGGCUUUGAAAACUGUUAAUCUAGACAUGACCGAAGCCGCUAGGAAGCGUUUCUUUCAAAUCCAUGAGCUUGAGGAGCUUAGGGAUGCGGCGUAUUCCCGAUCGUUGGGAAUCAAGGAGAAAACGAAAAUUCUACAUGAUAAGAAGCUAAGAUUGAAGCUUUUUGCAGGUAAGUUGAAAUCAAAAUGGUCAGGACCUUAUAUGGUUCACUAUGUGUUUCCGUAUGGAGCGGUGGAAAUUAUGGAUGAGUCGAAUGGCCGUAGUUGGAAGAAAUCGUACCGUGGAAGAGCUGAACUGGCAAAGAAAACGAUGUCUCAGUGGUAUGCGGGUGGUUUUGUUUGGGAUGUUUAUACAGAUUGGGGCUUGCGGAUGGUUCGGGUUGGUUUACUUGGGGUUGUUCGAGACUUGUGGGAAACAUGUCAGGUGAAGGCUCAUCCUUUAACCCAAGGAAAAGGAAGAUCCAAUAUCGAGGUCAAGAUAGGAGAGCGUAUUCUCGAGUUGAAAGGCUAG